AUGGUCUACAUCUCGUCCUGGCAGGAGUUCCAAGAGGCGGCGGAGGGGUUAUAUGAGAAGUCACCAAAUAAAACUCGUUACUGCGUCAAAUGGAAAGCGUCCGAGGGUAAGCUCGUCCUGAAGAUCACAGACGGCACGACAUGUCUCAAAUUUAAGACGUACUCGUCAAUAUUCCUGAACCGUUUCGAGGCCUUGAACCUCUCCCUCAUGCAGAAGAUGCAAAACCGCAAACCCGCCCAGCAUGCUGGGGCCGCUCCUGGGAUGGUCCCGGACACGGCUACUCCUGCUGCAGAAGCUUCGACCCCCAUUAUCCCAGCCGGUGCUGGAGCGCCGGCCGCAGGCGGUGUCAAGAAGAAGAAGUCAAAGAAGAAAAAGUAG